AUGGCAACAACGGAUAAGGAGAACACUCAUCAUGCAGAGACUGUCCCCGUCGAGGCCCCCAACACCUCGCCCAAGCUCACCUGGCAAGAGCUGUGGGACAGCAAGCGUGUGCUGGCCUGGUGUAUCACCGUCGGCAAUCUCCUCGCCGUCGACCCCUUCCUCGAACAGUUCGGCGUCGAAGUCAAUGGCACCCGCGAGAUUCGCGCCAAAGACCAGCAGAUCCUGAACGCUGCGACGACUGUCGGCCUGUUCUGCUCGGCGUUCGCCACGGGUGUCAUGUCGGAUUUCCUGGGGCGUAAGAAGACGAUCAUCUUCGGCUGCGUGCUGUGCGUGGCCGGUAUCCUCACGCAGUACUUUAGCAACACCAUCAUGCAGCUGUUUGGGGGGAAGUUGCUGGGUACCUUUGGGUUUGGCUUGGGACAUUCGCUAGGGCCUGUCUUUGUGGCAGAGCUGGCGCCUGUUCGUGUCCGUGGUCUGUGUCUGUCGCUCGUCAACACCAUGAUCGUGCUCGGCCAGUGGCUCAACUCCGCCGCUGUUCUAGGCUCGCAAAGCCGAACUGACAGUUUCGGCUGGCGCAUUCCCAUUAUCACCCAGAUGGUCCCUCCUGGCCUGUUGCUCCUCGGCCUGCCCUUCCUCCCUGAGUCUCCGUCCUGGCUCAUCAUGAAAGGCCGACCAGAAGAAGCCGCAAAGUCGUUCCUCAAGUUCAACGGUCCGAAAUUUGACGUCGACGACGCAAUGGCCGUGACCACUGCUGCCGUCCAGCAGGAGCAGGAGCUCGCUCGAACGGGGUCCGCCUGGCUUGACUGCUUCAAGGGUAGUGAUGGUCGUCGUACGCUCAUUGUCUGCAUGGUGUACAUCGCGCAGCAGUUCGUCGGAGUGAACUUUGUCUCUGGAUAUCUCACAUACUACUUCAAGCUCGCCGGAGUCCAGAACGCACUCGGCGUCGCACAAGCGGCCUUCGCCAUCCAGCUCUUCGGCAACAUCUGCUCCUGGCCCCUGGUCGAUCGCCUCGGUCGCCGACCCAUGAUAGUCUGCGGUAUGUUCGUCAUGACAGGCGGACUCCUCCUCAUCGGCCUGAUCAGCAUCAGCGAGUCCAGCCAGGCGCUGAAAGCGACGGUCGCAUUCAUGACGCUGUGGGGGUUCCUAUACCAGGCGACACUGGGGGCCGUCUCAUAUGCCGUCGGCGGCGAAACACCGAGUCCGCUGCUUCGGCAGAAGACAUACUCGAUCAACAUCAUGUCGGCGACUGCGGUGUCGUGCGCGGUGCUGCAGAUCAUGCCGUACCUGCUCAACACCGACGAGGCCGAUCUGGGUGGCAAGAUCUGCUUUGUGUUCUUCGGCCUGUCGGUGCCCAUGUGCGUGUUCCUGUUCUUCUGCCUGCCUGAACUGAAGGGGCGAUCGGUGGCGGAGAUCCAGGAGAUGUUCCAGGCUGGUGUUGCGGCGCGAAAGUUCAAGGAUUAUGUGUGCCAGAGCCCGGUGGAGAUCGAGAUGGACAAGAAGAACUUGGAGGCUGAUUCGUAG